AUGAGAAAUAUUAAGAAAAUAUUCGUAACGAUAAACGAAAUUGGCCAAUGUAUCCAUGAUGCUAAGUUGAUUGGGGUUCCUUUUACUGGGCUUCGGUAUACUUGGCAUAACGGUCAACAGGGCGAUGGGAUUAUUUUACGGAAGCUCGAUUGGGUCUUUGCAUCACUUUCUUGGUUCCUUGAUCCCCCAAGCACAGUUUCAGAGUUCCGACCUCGAGAUGUUUCAGAUCAUAGCUCUAUUGUCAUCCUGUUUGGUCCCCGCCGUGGCAAGGUACCAUCCCCUUUUAAAUUUCUAAAUUUUUGGGCUGAUCAUGCAAAUUUUAGGGAUAUUGUUCAGGCAGUUUGGGACGAGCCUAUUGUAGGCAAUCCUAUGUUCCGUCUUACACAGAAAUUGGGGUUAGUGAAACGGAAGCUAAAAGCUUUACAUAUUAGGGUUUCCAGUCAUAUCUCCAACAGGGUUCGAAACUGCAUCCACGAUUUGAUUGAUGGGAAUGGUACUCAUAUUAGUGACAGUCAGGGUUUAGGGCGUUUGGCGGUGGGUUUUUUUCAGGAUCUUCUUACUACCCCUAGUCAACCUCAAAUUACAGAGGCUUCCAGGUAUUUUUCUAGCCACAUUUAUCCUGAUAUGAUUUGUCCAUUGACUGCUCCUAUCACUGAUGAUGAGAUUAGGAUUGCUUUAUUCUCUAUCCCGGAUGAUAAAGCCCCGGGCCCGGAUGGAUUCACAUCUUUGUUUUUUAAGCGGGCAUGGGAUAUUAUUGGUACAGAUUUCAGAGAUGCAGUGAGACAUUUUUUUGCUACUAAUGAAAUGCUAAGAUGUGUUAAUGCCACCAGGAUUGCUUUGGUUCCUAAGGUGGAGAGCACGAGUAGUAUGAAAAAAUUUAGGCCGAUAUCUUGUUGUAAUGUACUUUACAAGUGCAUUUCUAAGGUGAUUGUGAAUCGGUUUAAAGUAGUGCUUCCGGAUAUUAUUGGGGUUUCCCAGUCAGCUUUUGUCAAGGGUCAAAGGAUUUCUGAUAAUAUUCUACAGACUCAGGAGCUUAUGAAGAAUUAUCAUCUUGGGGAUGCUUCCUCUGUUAGCUUGAUCAAAUCGGUCUUGGAUUAUUUUGCUAAGGUUUCUGGAUUAGUGACUAAUGCAGAGAAGAGCCAGUUGUUUCUUUCUGGAGUUACGGAUGAGGAGCAGAUUAGGCCUCUGUUGGAGAGAAUUCUUUCUCAGAUUAGGCUAUUGACGUCGGCAUCUUUGACCUAUGCCGGCCGACUACAGUUGAUAAAGUCGGUACUUUUCUCCAUACAGGUUUAUUGGUCCUCUAUGUUUCUUUUGCCGGUAGCUACAAUUAGACGGAUUGAGAGUAUUUUGGCCUCGUUUCUUUGGAAGGGUACUUCUUUGUCCCCUUCUGGUGCUAAGGUUGCAUGGUCUUCUGUUUGCUAUCCAUUAACGGAGGGUGGCCUGGGGAUUCAGAGGAUCCAAGAUUGGAAUAGGGCGGCUAUUCUUAAACACGUUUGGAGGCUACUUACUGAUAGAUCUUCUACAUGGUCUUCUUGGGCCCGUUUGGUUCUCCUCCAUGGUCGGUCCUUUUGGCAUAUCCGAGUUACUUCUGGGGCUUCAUGGGCUUGGAGGAAGAUUUUACUUAGCAGGGUUUGGUGUCGGGGUCUUAUUGUGACUUGUAUUGGAGAUGGUAGGGACACCAUGUUAUGGCGAGAUCACUGGUUUCCGCAUGGUCCUCUGUGUGACUUGCUCCCUUUUAGAACAUUGACUUCCACUGGUUUGCCAUGGGAUGCUCGGGUUUCAGACAUUAUCCAGGAUGGUUUGUGGGACUUUCCCUCGGGCAGUGCAGACCUUCAGCAUAUCUGGGACUCUAUUACAGUGCAGCCUUCAGCGAGUCAUCCUGACCAUCUUGUGUGGAAGGGCCAUCCAUCUAGACGUUUCUUUAUUGAUUCAGCCUAG